GAUUCUGAACAGAGCCCAAUGCAAUGUGUCGUGUACGCGAGUGGCGAGGGCGACGCAAACAGACGCUAUUUGUUGGAAGGUGAAAUGCAACAGCGUUCAUGGCACGCGAUCGAAGGCAGUCAGUGAAUAUCGUCUUUAUAUAGCCGAGGUAAAUCGUAGCUGAGGAUUGUCGUUCUGAUUGUAACCGCCGAGUCAGGCCGACAUCACGAAUGAGGACACUCGACUAUUGACACUGUGGUAUAACCUGUUGCUUGUUGAUGAUGCUGUGUUUUAGGGCCGCGCAUCCUUCAUCCUAUCAUCUCUAGCCUUUCUUUGAAGGAUGUAACACAGACCUUGUCUUGUAUUGAGGAGCUCCUUCACUGGUGAGCCGGUACCUAUGCUAAAUUUAACCCGUCAUCAACUGCAUGGCAAAUGAAUGCGUUGAUGAAUUGAGUAUUUUAACCAGAAGUUUUCUUUGUGACCUAAUUACGUAGAAUUAUAAACUGGCAAUCGCACCAAGACACCAACUUAAGAGAUUCCACUGGAUUUAAUACCAAUCGACGUCGACAUCACAAAGAUCAAUAAUCAGUUCCGUGGGAGUCUUUGAAAGAACAUCUGUAGCGGAUCAGGGAAGGUUUACAGGAAACGGAUAAGCGAUGGAUCUGAAGUGUGUCCCCGUGCUGUCCGUCGUUGUGCUGAUGCUGCUGGACAUCGUCGCUGGUCAGAAUGCGGAUGUAGGCGCGUGGACGAAGUGGUCCCAAUGGUCAGCGUGUUCCGAAUCGUGUGGGAGCGGCAUAACCUCCAGGACACGUCACUGGGAACAACCGAAGGGCGAGACACCGUUUGAUAAACCCUUCACAAUGUCCGAGAACUCUGGUUGCAACAACGGACAAUGUCCCGUUGACGGUAGCUGGAGGCCCUGGGGCAUAUGGUCACCAUGUUCCGAGGCAUGUGGUGGAGGUAUUCGACAGCGGGAUCGCACGUGCAAUCCACCUAUCAAUGACGGGAUGGAAUGUGAUGGAGAGGCCUUUGAAGAUGACGAGUGCAACACAGUGCCGUGCCCACCUCUGCCCGUCCGGUUUAACACAUCAAUGUGCGCGACAUCGAAGUACUUCACGUGCAAGAGCGGCAAGAUGUGCAUACCAAUGAGCGAAUUGUGUGACGACACCGUGCAGUGCCACGAUGGCAGCGACGAGAAGAGCGACCCCUGUUUUAAGGACAACCGGGUGGGGUCGGUCCACUACCAGUUCGUCAAGGACACGGGUGCAUCUCAUAGUGGAUCUCUCUCCGUCAUCGUUGGUCUGGUUGUCAUGGUGAUAAUGAUGCACGUCAUCGGACACUGUUAAGUGACAGGUGCGAGGCUGAAAUGGACAUCCCGACGUCAUUGGUUGGUGUAUGAAAUAUACAACACAUCUGCGAAAUGAAGAUGAAGAAAUGUGGUUUUCGUCCAAAAUUGAAUUUCUCAUCAACUUGUGUUAUUUCAAGACGAUAGUCUAAUCGUCCACUCAGUAUUGUUUUGUGCACAGACGUAUGUGACGAACAUUCUAUUAUUCUCUGUGACGACUUGAAGACGUCUGAACGUCACCCUGACGUAAAGUUCCCAAGGACAUGUAAGAUGCCGACAACAACGGGAUGCAACGCAUAGACGACUAUUUGUUUGCCAAAAAUGAAAUCAAAUGAUUUGAUUGUUUAUAUGGACGUGGUGUCAAAGACUAAUCUUUCCGAAGGGGAUGAAAGUCACGUGACAUUAACACGUGCUGAAACUGAUAUCAAGAAACAUGUAAUUCUGCGUAUAUCGGUAUGCAAUUUGCAUAUCUACAGAUGAUGGCACCAUAACGUGGCUAUGUACACGUGUUUAUGUUGAUAUGAAAUCUACACGCAUGUAGCGGAUUGAAAUACGCACGCUGAUGUGUGCGUUGUGAAAUGUACAACGGCUGGUGUGAAAUCCACUCGUGUAUAUAUCAGGCCGACAAUCUUUGUCCAUCCGGUGUGUACUUAACUCUCGUCGUCAUCUGACUCCGGGUCGUACAGUACUGACAUGUAGUUUAUGGGAGAAUAUCAAAUAUUAUAUCAUUAAUCAAAAUACCCAUGAAGCCCUUGCGUCAUGGCGGCAGUGAGUUUGAAACAAAGUCCUUCAGGUCAACCUACUCGAAAGCUUCACAAAACAUCCAUUACCUCUAAUGGGUUACAACGCAGGGGGUGACAGAACGAAAACUAGGCGAAGGCAAAAUCUAUACGCUAUUUAAAUUAUAAAAAAAAAAAAAUAGGUCGAAGCUCGUGAGACUUUUUUAUAUCAAAAUAUCCGAAACCCCACGAGCGUAUAAUUUUUACGUCAAAAAAUUAACAUUCUUACAAUUUUGGUUUAGUCAUCAGACAUGGUUGAUACAGGAUCUCGAAGCAAUGCCUUUCGCGUUGUGUAUACUUAUGUCUUCUGGUCAAAUCGGCAUUAAAUGGAAGGCAUUUUGAAAAUGAGUUUUAACCUUUUACAUACACCGAUUGACAGGAAAAGUAUGUUACCAUGACUACAACGAACUCACGUUCGUUGGAGUAAAUGAUAUUCGAGUGUUCAUCAAAUCAAAUUACGAUAGUUUUCAUAUUUUCAUUAAUCCCGUAGAAUUCGUAAAGACAGCUGUUGUCAAUAGGCCUAUGCAAAGUAGAUUUACGUAAGUGUAAGUUGCUUUUGCAGAUUUGCCAUCAACCCCUUCGACGCAAUAUGCUAUAUAGGGUAAUUUGUUUGCUUUCUACAUUUAAUUUGUCAUUUAUUAUAUAACCCAUGGUUAACAGACCUGUUCUUGUUUUGUCUUUUAUAUAAGAAAUGGUUUGGAUAUGUUAUUGAACCAUUCAGAUUUCCCGAAACGUCGGACAAAUCAGUUCUAAAGAAUAUUAUGUCGGAGUACCCGUGUGCCUCAAGUGCUAAUGUCUUGUUACCUGAAAGGUCCGAGAAAGAGACAAUUAAAUUAUUAUUAAUCUUUCAUUAACGGCAUUUGUUAGAAGGAAUGGUGUUCAUCAUUAUUAGGGGCACGGGUGGCCCAGUCGUCUAAGGCGCCGCGAUUCGCUGUCCAGAGUUGCGUCCCUUGGACACGCCAGAAACCUAUGAUUGUGGGUUCGAAUCCCGGUUCGCCCCGAUUAUGUUUCUAGGUUUGUCAGCACCAUACCCGUGCUCGUGGGUUUUACCGAAGAGGUAAACGUCUGAGACCUGCAUCACUUCGGGCUUUCCUCCCACAUUAAGCUGGAACGCCGUGAUAUAACUGGAAUACUGUUAAAAGCGGCGUUAAACCCAAAUCACUCACUCAUCAUUAUUAUGUUUAGUGUUUGGAAUUCCCUUGUUUCAUCCAUCUAUGUAUAGUACGACGCUUGCUGCAUGCACAGCAGCUAUACACGCCCCAUAUAUUUAAAUACGUAAAAAAACUAAACCCAUUUUCGGACUAAUCAUUUCAGUGAGUAAUCAAAAGUUUGUGAAUUUAAAAAAAAAGUGUAUUCAGGCAAAGUUCCUAGUUCAUGAUCAUGAAAUGUUCGCAUAGUUGUUAACUGUAAGGGGCACUGUUCAUGAAUUGUUCUCAUAUUGCAUUUUAAAUGAUGUCAUUCGUACAUGUAGUUACUGCGCAUGUCUACGCAUAUCGUUAUCUGCGCAUGUCACCAGAUCAUCUGACCGUUUAGUGUCAUGUGAAAGGGAUGUUUCCGUUAAUUUUGAUAUCUCCUGGCUUAUGAACUAUGUUAUCCUAUUUAUUUUUGUGUUCUCCUCUCUUCAGUAGUUGAAGGAAGUAGGAGACUUGUUCGAACCAUCCCAUUUGCUCGGCGCGCGGCCAUCUUUUCAUUGUUACUGUUGAAGGAUCGAGCCACAACUGAACGGUGCUUGUUGAUGAAGUCAAAACAUAUUUUCUUUCAAGCCUCGUGGCUUAUCUUAACUGAUGUACAUACUUUACCACUCGUCUGUUUGUAUAUUCGCCUAUUUGUAUAUUGUUGUUACUGACAAAGCUGUUCCGUAUCCACAUGCCUUUCACCACUCCUCUGUAUCAUAUUAACAAUCUCUCGAAGUCUGACAAUAUCACUGAAAACACUCGUGCUUUUCUCGUGAUGAACUGCGAGAUCCGUUAAAUCCAUUCGUCACCACUCCCGUCUUCCCGGAAGCCUUCGGAUCGUCCCGGACUGACACGAGUGGUCACGAACGUCAGGCAAUCUGGACACUCCAUAUCCGUCUACGCAAAACCAUGUUUUUUUCAAUACGCAUUUUAUUUUGUUUAUCUUUUAGAAGAGUAUUUGUAGUAGCUAGCGUAUAUUUCCCUCUGAUUUCUUCACCUUUAUGAAGCUAACAGAUUUAGGAGGCUUAGAUUUGAACGUAAAUGCAAUUCUUUGGUUAUGCAGUCAAAUUCUGAUGUAAGGAAUAGCAACAGGUCAAGGAUUACUUUUCAUCUUCUCUGGCGUUGCGCGGCGCGGCGCUGCAGUUACCAAUACGUUGGAACGUCAGGAAAAAGAUCCUGAUUCCUUUACUCGCAUGAGGAAAAUGCGUGAGUCCCAUUGAAGUGCCACCUACCCCGGCGUAAUAGGAAAUAAUGCUAACACGGCGCAAAAUGAAAGUCACUAUUUCUCUAAUUAUCUUCGGAGUGACUGUUUAACGAAAGCCAACUACGUAUUCCUUUUAUACAAACGUGUGUAUUUUGUCAUCAUUAUUAUAAGCAUUAUGUUGUACAUUCCCUUGCUAUUCCUGCGUUCAUCCUUGGCACGCAGGGUUAUGUUUUCUGGGAUUCCACGCCUAACCCUUACGCACCCAUGACGAGCCUGUAUGUCAUUCCCCUGUGUACCGAGGAUGUCUUGCUUUAUAUUUCGCUGUUUGUUUGUGUUCCGAUGAACUUUCCGACAACUCAAGCAGACUUCACUCUUGACACAGCCGUGCGUUGCACCGAUCACAAGAGCAAUAAAACAGUGAUACCGUUAAUUUCAGCUAUUAAUCGUUAAUUUCGAUAAAUAUUUUACCCUUGUUAAACGAACCAUUUUUUGCACAAACAAAUGUAAUGACUUGUUUCCCCAAAUACAGCUUCAUUAAUCAUUACACAUUUUCAAUACGCCUUUUUUUAACUUAUCUUUUUAACUUAUCGUUGAUUUUCAAACUACUGUCAAGUGAAAGGUAUUGGUGGUAUGUAUCUGAAAGGCACAUAAAAGGAUUGCUUCCAAUAAUAAUUUUCUCAAUAUGUCUAUCAACCAAAGAAUAUAUCUUAAAAUAUCUGUUCUAUAUCAUGUUAAGAAAUAAAUCAAAAUAUUUCAAACUUAAAGAAGCAUUAAAACACUGAUGUAGUACUAAAUACUUUUUUAAUAUAGACAAGUUUUUUUGUAAUACAUCUUCUGUUUAUAUCUAAAUAGAUUUCCCUGCAUCAAGUUUUUUUUCCUGAUGUAUUUACGGGUGAAUUAAUUUUGCGAUUAAAUUGACAUUGAACAAAUCUGAUAUUUGUAUAUGAACUAUUUUCGCCAUGUUAGAGUUUUAUAACGAAUGUGAUCUACUAUGAGGUGAUUCGCCUCUACUUUCAUGCAGAUAGCUACUGGCAUAUUUGAGCUUCGUGUUGGUUAUCUGAAAUAAACAUGUUUGAAAUAUA